AAAGUGAAAGUAUCUUUCAGGGAACAGGGAGUGGCUGAGCCGUCUGCCUGCUGUGUUUUCAGCUUCACUCAGAGACUAAAUGGCUUCCAAAUUAGAGGACGAUUUCUGCUGUUCUGUCUGCCACGACAUCUUUAAAGAUCCUGUCAUCCUGUCAUGUAGCCACAGCUUCUGUAAAGUCUGUCUGCAGAGCUGGUGGACAGAUAAACACGUCCGAGAGUGUCCACUUUGUAAGAGAAGAUCUUCAAAGAACGUCCUACCUCCUAACUUUGGUUUAAAGAACCUGUGUGAGAGUUUCUUACAGGAGAGAGCUCAGAGAUCUUCAGAGGCUCUCUGCAGUCUGCACUCUGAGAAACUCAAACUCUUCUGUCUGGACCAUCAGCAGCCGGUGUGUCUCGUCUGCAGAGAUUCAGAAAAACACACUGACCACAGAUUCAGACCCAUCGAUGAAGCUGCACGACAACACAAGAAGGAACUUCAGGAAACUCUGGAGCCCUUAAAGGAGAAGUUAAAGGUUUUUGAAGAAGUUAAAGUGAAGUUUGAUCAAACAGCAGAACACAUGAAGGUCCAGGCCCGACACACAGAGAGGCAGAUUAAGGAGCAGUUUAAGAAGCUUCACCAGUUUCUAGAAGAGGAAGAGGAGGCCAGGAUGGCUGCACUGAGGGAGGAAGAGGAGCAGAAGAGUCAGAUGAUGAAGGAGAAGAUGGAGGCUGUGAGCAGAGAGAUAGCAGCUCUUUCAGACACAGUCAGAGCCACAGAGGACGAGCUGAGAGCUGAAGACGUCUCAUUCCUGCUCAACUACAAGGCUGCAGUGGAAAGAGUCCAGCAGCGCCCCCUGCUGGAGGAUCCACAGCUGCUCUCAGGAGCUCUGAUGGACCAGGCCAAACACCUGGGCAACCUGACCUUCAACAUCUGGAACAAGAUGAAGGACAUGGUCUCCUACACUCCUGUGAUUCUGGACCCAAACACUGCUCAUCCAAAACUCAUCCUGUCUGAAGAUCUGACCAGUGUGACACGAGGAGAGGAACAGCAGCUUCCUGAUAAUCCAGAGAGAUUUGAUUACUUCUCCUCUGUCCUGGGCUCUGAGGGCUUUAACUCAGGGACUCACAGCUGGGACGUCCAGGUUGGAGACAGUACAUGCUGGGAACUGGGUGUGUUAGCAGAGUCUGUCCAGAGGAAGGGAGUCAUACGGUCUGGAUUAUGGACAAUAUGGUUCUAUAAUGGUGAAUACAGAGCAUACUCCCCAUCAGGUUCAUCCACUGUUCUCGUAGUGCAGAAGAAGCUCCAGAGGAUCAGAGUGAAUCUGGACUGGAACAAAGGAAAGCUGUCGUUCUCUGAUCCUGAUACUAACACACACAUACACACCUUCACACACACUUUCACUGAGAGGAUGUUUCCAUUCAUUAACAAUUGGGAGGAUCUCCCACUGAAGGUUUUACCAGUAAAGGUCUCUGUGACUGUAGGACAACAGAAAUAGAAGGUGAUCAAUCAGUACUGAAUUUUCUUCUCAGAGUCUUUGAGGAACAUGUGACUGUUGUCCUGAUGAUGAUGUUGGUUGUCAUGGAGAUGUGGAUGACAUCUACAGUAAAACUUUAAAUAAUUGAAGCUCUUGUGAUCUGACCUCACUUCCCCGCUCUAUAUGUAAAUUAACACAUAGUAAACACACGGCUACUACAGCAGACGCUGUGAUGUAACAUUACAGGAAUGUCAGUAGUAAUAUCCUACAUAUUUGUGAAAUCAGAUACAUUUUAUUAACAUUUUAUUAACAUCAAAAUUAAUGGUUAUUUUACUGGCGGUCAUCCGGGACUUCCGUGCCACCGACACCACUGCCUUUAUCAGGAAACAGCGGCGUACAGAGCUUCAGAGAGCAAGAUUAUUGAUUAUAUCUUUAAUGUGAAGUUUCUGUGUAUUUGAACAGCAGGUUCAAACAUUGAUUUGUUUAUUCAUGUAAAGUGUUAAAGAGAUUUUAUUUUACAUCAUCUGUUCACUGUAAUUCUUCAUUAGAAAUGAGAUUAAAGCUUCAACUGGAAAAUUAAAGUGUCUCAUGAAGCAGAAAA